AUGUUCGAUGCCAUGACUUCGGCGUCGACGUCACCCACUUCGGAUUCAAAGCAUCAUUCUGACACUAACAGUGUCAAUACUAUGACUACUGCGGUUCCUCAGCUUUUAAGUACGCCAGGCACUCACACCAGUCAAAAUGAACCUAAAGAAUACAUGAAACUGACCCCUGUCCAUUUACAAUGUCUUACGUCUCCUCUAAGGCAGGGCGGCAUUGCCCAGGGGAAUACCGACGGGACGAAUUGCCUAUCAAAUCAAGAAUUUCGCAUAGAUGAUACCUAUAAGGAAAACUUCAACCUAAUUUCGAGGCAAUUGGAGAAACUGCUGGAAGGUCUCAACGUUAUCUACCGCAAGAUUGGCUAUUCCAAUGCAGAGAUCGUAGGGAAGGAAAAACUAAUCUUCAACACACUAUCAGGUUCUAUAACUAGCUUUUUUGAUCAUGCAGAGAACGAUAUGAAGAAUUUAACUGAGGAAAAUGAAACUGCUCAAGAAAUUUUAAAUCGUAUGCUGGAAAUUAUGCGUGAUUCAAGUGGUAUUGAUACCAUCCCAGACAUCUAUGUAAGAAAUGCCAUUCUAAUACCCAGUUGUAAGACUGUUUUCCAAUCACCGAAGAAACCACUUUCAAUAUUGAGCAAAAGGAAAUUACUCAGAACUGCUAGAGGAUUUGUGUUUAAAUCAUACCUGCCUGCCUUUAUAAGGUAUAUGGAAGUCAGCAUUAGACUACAAGCAUUAGUAGAGGUAGUUGGAGAAAAAUUGGGUGAUUUACCGAAUGGUGGUGAAAUGGUUAAUGAUCUGCCAAGUUUAGAAUCACUGAAACAUUACAGAGAAGAUUUAAAAUCUCAUCAAACUAACCUUGAUUUUAUUUCAAACUACUUUGUGGAUCAUAAGGGAGAACUAUUAUACAACGACCAUUUCAAUGACAUUUCUGAGGAUAAAAUUCAAAUUUUGGGACAAACUAUACAAAUAUAUCAAGAGGAAUAUGAUUUUAGGAUUUCACAUCUAAAAUCUGUAGCAAACAACAUUUCACAACUGGUAUCAGAGCUAAAAACGGAUUUAGAUCCACAGGUACAAAGAAUUUUGUCCCUUUAUCUACAAUUAGAUUCUAAUGUCAUGCCCAAGAUGUACACUUCUGUACACAAGUCUACAAUCGAAUCCUUGGAAAAGGUGCUUCGAGAACAACAAACAAUAUAUGAAAAACGUAAGGAGAUCAAAGAGGCACUUUUGACCAAGUGCGAAUCGCUAUGGAAUAGAUUAAAAAUACCGCAAGCGUAUAUCGACAACUUUUUGAAGCACUGCGAGGGUCACUCCACGGCGGUUACGAGAAAGAUAGUCAGAGAAUUGGAAAAAUUAGAAGAAAUGAAGAAAAAAUUAAUAAAGACCUUAAUUGAGGAAUCAUCGCAAAGAAUCGAAGAAUUAUGGUCUUUUUUACAAUACGAAGAUGAGGAAAAAUCACAGUUUCUCUACAUAUUUGAAUCUUUGAGAGAAUCAAGUACUACACUAGAAGACGAUGAAAGGUUAUUAGAAGCUUGUGAAAAUGAAAUUAAAUCCCUGGAGGAAAAAUUAAGCGUAUACAAACCUACCCUACAGUUGGUUCAAGAGUUCGAAUCCUUAAGAGCUGACAAGUUGUCUCUAGAGACAAGUUCUAAGGAUUCAUCACGUCUCCUAGCUAGAAACUCUCACAAAAUUCUUUUGCAAGAGGAAAAAACGAGGAAGAGAGUCACUAGGCACUUUCCUCGUGUCAUUAAAGAUUUAAAGAAUGGAUUAGAAGACAUUCAGACAACAUUUGGUAAACCACUGGUGGUCAAUGGACAAGAUAUGAUGGAAAUCGUGACUCAAGUUGAAGAAGAACUUAUUAGCAAGUAUCCCAAGAGCCGGCUCAAUUUGGGAGGAACUAAUUCCAAAAUGGGGAAUUCUUCUACGAGGUCAAGUAGUAAUAAUGAAGGUAGAGUGACUAAAAAAUCAAUUCCAGAGAAAGGAAGAAGGUCCACUAUCCCUGCUCGCGCCAUAGGAGCAAAAACCACUCGGGCACCAACACAGAUACCAGCGGCAGCACCAGUGCCAACCCCGGUAACGAAUCAUCGGGCUUCUAGCUUUAUGAAUCAAACCCCGGUUACUAAAAUCAUAGGGGGUUUCCCUACAGUAAAUGACAGCACUACUACUAAAUUGGAUAGUUCUCAAAAUAAGAAAUAUAUGAGAGGGUUCAAGGCGGCUAGUCCCACAGUUCAAGCAAACUCUCUUUUACCGCCCAAGUUAGUAACAAGGCUCCCUAACACGAGGAUUCCAGAACCAUCGCGCAUAGCAAGGAAACACUCUGGUAAUUUAUCCUCCUCUCCCGUUUUUCAACCUCGACCUGUUGCAAAUUUAGUUAGACCCGCGACUCUUUUCCAAGUAUCACCCAAUAAAAUCAAUCAACAGAGAAGCCAAAUACCAACACUAUCCAAAUCAAGUUCCAUUUUGACCCAAGAGUUUAUGAACAGCGUUGAUAAGGAAAAUUUAGUGGACUCAACACCUCGCCUACAACAGAAGGGUGAGUUUCUAAAUUUCAGUAGCCCUUACCGAGAACCAGAUAACAGUGUUUACAAAAUCUCUAAAUCUCCUGAUGGUAAAUGUACACUCAAAGUUCGCGAGGAUUCUCAUUUGGAGAGCGGAUUUGAUGACACUAGUAUCUUGGAUGAGGAUAAUGAGAAGGACUUUAAUACAUGGAAGAAUGAACAAUUAGCAAAAGUUCGUACCAUCCGUCCAAGUCGGCAACAAGCUCCAUGA